CACAAAUCUCAGUUGAGAACUGACAUUCGGACGUUCCAAAAUCAAAAAUUUAAUUUGAAAAUCGCACCUGUGCAUUUCUCAGUGGCCAGUGACAAUCAGUGUUGUGAUUAGUGAUGGAAUCGGAAAUCAGCAAAAUGCAGACGAAGAUUCCGCCGAAAAACUUCUCGAUCGAAUCGAUUGUCGGUUUGAAUGACAGGAGAUCGCCAGAUAUCGAUAUAGAGAAUACGAUAUCUCAAGACUACCCGGCCAACGAUCACUCGGAAGACGAGGAAGUCAAAAUUAGAGAGGGGAAGAUGGGUUAUUAUUUUCAACAGAACCGAGUGCCGAAUUUUCCGUUUUUCAUGUCUUAUGACAAGAGGAUGGGGUUCCAGGGUGACCAGAGACAAGGACCUGAGGACCUGAAGAGGGCGAGUCCGGGGAGCGUAAGGAGCGAGGUCGAUAGCGAUGGUGUUGAUGACAGACCUCAUGAAUCGUUAAGUCCCACUCAGUCGGAACAGAUCAACCCUGGUUCAGCUCCGGACCCGAAUAUCAGGAGAUACCGCACAGCGUUCACACGAGAACAGCUGGCUCGCUUGGAGAAGGAGUUCAUGAAGGAGAACUACGUGUCGCGGCCGAGGCGGUGCGAGCUGGCUGCUCAGCUGCAGCUUCCGGAGUCUACCAUCAAGGUGUGGUUCCAAAACCGUCGCAUGAAAGACAAACGUCAACGAAUCGCAGUGGCGUGGCCUUACGCUGCGGUGUACAGUGACCCGGCUUUCGCCGCUUCGAUCCUCCAGGCAGCCGCCUCGUCCGUCGGCCUGCCUUACGGGUACCCCUCACCCGCCCUCAUCCCCCCCUUCCACAACCCCCAGCUGCUCCCCGCCGGGUACCCCUACCCCUACCCGACCUACCCCAGAUACCCCUACAUCCCACCUACUCCACCUUCUCCCGUCAACGCUGACACCUCAAACUUAAGGCCCUCAUAUCCCAAUUUCAAUAUAAACGUAGAUAAAUAAGAUUUUUUAUAGGUUAGGUUAUUUAUUGCCAGUGCUAGUUGGUUAUGAAAAAAAAUUGUUGAUUUUUUAUUUUUAUUUUAGUAAACGUCAUAACCAGAGUUCGGAUAUUCUAGUGCUUAUUUACUUAAACUUCGACGUAGUAUUAACAUAGAGUGGAUAAUACAUCUAACCUCUAAAUCUAUUCUUCAAAUCAAUAAUUUGCAUAUAUCAUUUCAAUAAAAUCCAAUUAUACUCAUGAUUCUUAAAUCAUGGUAUAAAAAAAUAAUAUUAUAUUUUAAAGGUGGUAUUAUCCAUUCUAUGUUACAACUAUGUCGAGGUUUAGGUUGUAUUAAUAUGUACUAAGUACAAUAUCCAAUCUCUGGGCAUAAGCCAUUCCAGAAACACUCUUUUUUAAUUAAUCACAUUACCACCUUAUUUAUUUAAAAGGCGAUAAUUUUAUACAAUAUUAUAAUAGACCUACGUAUGCGUAGAAGCGACAAGUAUUAAUUUUCAUAUUAUGUAGGUAUGUGGGAAAAUUUUCAACUAUAACAACACCCGGAGCAUAGUAGGUACUUACAUCGUAAAUUAAGAUUGUAUGUAUUUGUGAAUAUUAAAAAGAUAAUUAAAAAUUGUAAAUAGAUAUCGUAAUUUUCAAAUAAUUUAAGACCAAAGCGUAAAUAUUAUUUAUUAGUGCAAUAAAGUUAUAUAAGUGUCUGUCAGAAAUUUCCGCCUUACCUAUGUUGAAUUUGGUAAAGUAUAUAACAAUGUUUUAACUGCCAAUUUAUAAAAUGCAUUUUUACCGUGUAAAGCUUGGCAAAAUACCAAAUCCUGACAGUCUGUACCAGAAGUAUAGAUUUUCAAAUGAGUUUUUUAAAAUAAGAGUCUCUACUUAUAAAAGCUUUUAUUAAUUAAAAAAACGUAUGUUAUGGGUACAAUUUAUUUCUACUAACUAAACUGUAAUUUCAUUAAUAUGUCUGUCAAAUUAAUGACAGUUUAGAUUAUGUAUUCAAGUGCAUGUUUUGUGAUACGUUUUAGUUAGUUCUUUAUUAAUUCAAUCUUUUAUUUUUGUAACGUAUAAAAACUACACUCUUCAUAAUUUAUAGGGAUUUAUGAUGUAAGAAGUAAUGUCUAUUUGUUUGUAGAUCUAUACUUUUGGACGUAUUGAUGUAAAAAAGAUAUGUGUAUAUCAAUAAAUAUAGGUAUCUAGUGUUCAAAGGAUUGGAAUCUGUUGUUAUAAGGUUUUAGGUUAAGUAUAUGUAAAUAGCUAAUUUUAAACAUAAAAGACAAGAUAAAUAA